UGGAACCGAUUCCAGCGUCCCUAGUUUCACAAUAACAACCAGCCCGAGUUGCCCAACGACUGCUGAUCCUCAUAACGUAUUCACCGUUAGCACAGAAACACACCCCCACACCCGGUGUUCCGGUCAUCCUAUCGACGGCCACACACUCACCCUUGAGGAAAGCGAAAAUAGUAAAAACAACUAUUUCGACCGCUUCCGCCCACCAGGACAAGUUGCCAAAAAAACAAAACAAACCAUCGAUCCCGCGAUCAUUUCGUCACGUGACAUUCACCGGCUGACCGACUUGUGCAACUGUGCGUAUGGUAUCGUCGGGACGCGUCAUCGCUUCCCAGGCACUGCCAUUACCAAUCGGUCGUAGUAAAUGAUUCGAAAACAGAGUGCGGAGUGGGAUCGCAUCUCGGCUCUUAACAGUACCGAUAACCAUGAACUUAUUUCGCGACACACACACACACACACACACCCAAACACCUUCCCUCUUAUUUUCUCUCUCAUACACUCUUUGGGAUCGCCACAAAGCAAAAUAAUUGCACUGCGAGCAUGAUAAACCAACGAAACGAACGAAAGCUCUCUUACACAGACAGCAGCUCCUUUCACUUUUGGAAAUUUUUCGGCCCAAGCCCAAGUUCUCGCUGGCGUGCGUGGUUGUGGAUGUUGUUGUUUUUCCCCCCUGCACGCAAGCUUGUCGCUGGAAAUUAUUGUCCAGAAAGUUUGCAAGGUUAUGCUUUCGAAAUUCUUGCCCACUCGCGAGGGUGGGAGUAUGUAUGGGGCAGUCGGAUCGGCAUCGAAUGGACCGGGAUGGGGAUCGACUGUGAUCUUCGGCGUCGGCGUCCAUUCACAGUGGACCGCGAACCGUUACACGAUCCAGUUCGUACCGUGCGUGAUCUUCGCGAGACGUGAAUGGAUAGAUUUUAUCAAAGCAAGGUGCACCAUGACCAACUUGCAAGUUUUUACACCGAUCCUACCGUACGUGGGACGAUUGCCGGGCGAGCUACGGUACGGUUCGCGCAUCAAGCUGCGAGGCCAUUUCCGUGAGCCCGAAGAUGCGGUCCACAUCAUCCUGCAGCGGGAAGCGCUACUGAACCCGCAGGACGAGCUACCCCUGUACCUAACGAUUCACCCGGGCCGGAAGGAAAUCGUGCGCAAUCACCUGUGCAGUGAUUGCUCGGCCGGGCCGGAGGAACGCAUCGACAACUGUCCAAUCGAGUGCGGUCAGGACUUUGAGCUAGCGAUUGUACCGUCGGCCAGUGGGUACGAGCUGUCGCUGCACGGUACGCCGGCGCACACGUUCAGCUACCGUGCACCGCUGGCCACCGCCCGCUAUCUGUUCGUAUCGAGCGGUUGUGUAAUUUUUGCAAUUAACUUUGAAAAUUGGAAUGCAACCACCGGUGAGCAACCGCACCGGCCGCAAACACCAACGGCACCGCUUCUUGAACCGUCUCGGCUUUACCCCGUGCUAAAGGAACAGCAGCAACAACAGCGCCACACACAACAACAAACACGAUCCCUUCUGCCUCAGAUCCAUCGUCAUCCGCAGCAGCAGCAGCAACACCAUCCCCAUCAUUCCCAUGGCAACAAUCUGCGGGAGCUUGUACUGCAGGUGCUGCCGCUGGUGCAGCUCGCCGCAUCGCAGCUGCAGGCGAACGCGAACGAUCGUAACGAUGGUAACAACGGCUCUGGUAGGGCUGGCAUCGGUAACCUUGCCCACCUACUGCCCUUGUUUCAACCGGUAGUGGAGCAACGCACGGCGCGCGUUAAAGCCAACCGCCCUGCCAAUCGAUGGACGUCGGUCUCCUGUUGGCGUAUGAACAAUGCCGAAAUCCUACCGGCAAUGUUUCUGACCUGUUCCAUGGGCCUGAUGAAACUGUUUCGAUUCCUCACCAUUGCCUGCGUAUUCGGAUACAUCGGUUACGUGUUCUCGAGAAACACCACUUGGAGCAUGACCUGGAAAUAGUGGUUCGAUCGGUGUGAGUGAGUGGUUUGUAUUAACAAUUAACGUUUGCUUUAAAACAUUGCUGCUUAUGAUUCAUGUAAAAGAAUUAUUGCUAUUAAUAAUAGUAUGUGAGUAAAAUAUAAGAAAAACGUGUGCAGUCUAUUAUUUCUUAGUGAGAAAGACUUCUUCAUUAAUCUAUCCUGUCCAUCCUAUCAUAAUCAAUCUGGUAUUAAUCAAUCAACAAUAAGCGCUCCACUACUAAUCCACCCUUAGCGAAGAUUAA